CGUGAGUGAGGUGUUUUGCGACAACCCAUGUCAGGACCUUCUCUUCUUCUCUGCACUCAAGACAAGUAUUGUUGUUAUGUCUCUUCUUGUGCCAACGUGGACCUCGUAGUCGUUACCCCUCAGCCGUGUGAUUUGCGUUUCGUACCUGGUGUAGAAAACCAGGCCACAUUCGUCUCGUUUGCUGAGCUGCUGGGGCCUUCCCUAUGACAAGUGACUCGACACAAACGCCUCCUGCCGCCAGUUAUCCCUUCAUUUGUUUUGUCUGCAAGGAGAGAUAUCAGGAUCCAAAGGUUUUCCCGACUUGUUUCCACUCGGUGUGCGAUGGAUGCGUCCAGUUGGUUACACAGGACAGCACAGUGACCUGCCCUAACUGCCAGGCGCAAUGUAGUCUAGCCGACCUGAAGGACGACAGGCUGUUGCAGCACCUACUGCACUCCACUGGCGAAGAUAAUGUACAAUGCGCUAACUGUGAAAAGCCGUCGCAAUCCACUCACUUCUGUCACACGUGCUGCCAGCCGCUCUGCCAGUCAUGUCGCUUCAGCACGCACGCCGCCAAGAUGUUCUCCUCGCACAAUAUUGUCCUGCUGGAGAACCGGUCGCGCGACUCACAGCCCAUGUCAUGUCCUGUCCACGACAAGUUAUUUAUUAUGUUUUCUGUUGAAGACCGUCGUCUAAUAUGCAUCAAUUGUUUUCGGGACAUGGACAGCGGUACGCGGUCCCAGUGCAUGGACAUCGAGAGCGCGUAUGCAAAGAGCUCUGCCAAAUUAAAAACCGCCAUUGUUAAAUUACAACAGCUGGAUCGAUCUGUCGCGGAGGCCAUUGGGAAAGUAGAAAUUUUAGUAGAUGAAACUCAGCUCAAUGCAACGACGUGUAAAGAUACAAUUGAUGAGUUGCUCACUGAGCUAAUGGAACAACUCACACAGCGCAAGGUCUCUCUCAUCGAGAUGGUGGAGAAGCAAAAGCACGACAAAGUGCGCCUGUUCCGGCGCCAGCUCGGAGACUUGCGUGACUCCUGUCCAGUAAUCCAGGCGGCUCUGGAGACCAGUAAUGUGUUUUCUAGUGCGACGAAUCGCUACGAAUUUCUCGACUUGGUCAAUGACAUGACGGAACGACUCGAUAGAGUUGCCCGUGAGCCUCAUCGUCUCUUUCCCAUCCAGAGCAGUCAGAUCUCAUGCAAUUAUCGACUGGACAUAGCAAAAACGGUUGAUCAGCUGUUGUCGCGCAAGAGCAGCAGUCCGAUGGAGGACCGUGCUACACCCAUCUACCAUUCUGCAACCAACAGUAGUCCUGGUCCAAUGGACUCGCUGGUCGGUGCGCAUGGCCUGAGUGAGCAGGGUCGGUACUGGCAGGCAGCACCGUACGCCGACCGCGCCAACGGUGCUGUAGGCGGCCAUGGCUCCAUGGACGGUGACGACGUCGUAUCUGAACAAUGCUGUGGCAUAUCAAUGCAAUCUAAGGGACUGCAACAGCGUCUUGAUAAUCUGAAGAAGAGCGUGCAGAACCUGCACCGAGACCUCACACAUCGCAAAUGCCAACCGAAAUCAGAGGAGGUCACAAGCAUUCACGAGAGUAGUAGCACUCUCGAGGUCGAUCUUCAGGACCACUUGGCGGGCGUGUGCAAGGUGCGCGAGACGUUUGAGACGCGCUGGAAGGAGAUGCUGGCGCACGUCGACAAGGAGAAGGAGCACUACCAGUCGCUGCUGGACGACGUCAAUCGGCUGAUCCGCGAGCACAGCCGAAUGGUGACGAUUGCCAAGUCCAUUGAACCGUAUGUGCUCUCGCUGUCGGCGGUGUCCGCUCAAGUCAACCCCAGGUCGUCGGUGGAUGCUGGCUCCUCGAGUGAGUCCGCAGCGAAUGGCUUCCACGAUGCAGCAGCACGCAACGGGCCGGCGUCACUCAGCAGGAACGGUGAAGUGUCGAAAGAUCGCACGCAGGUUGACGCCAUGCAUUCAAUUCUGGAGAAGAUCACAAGCACGCAGCCAAACUCCAUGCAAAGGGUCGAGGCUAUUCGAACAGCAGAGGACUUGCGCGAGACAGAGAGGCGGCGGAAUAAUGAGCUCGAGGACAACCUCAUCAAGACGAAGGAGAAGUUGAAGUCGUCGAGGAUGCCGCGCCGCAGCGAAUCAUUCCACGGCAGUGUUUCUCCGAGCACUUCAACAAGCAGUGAAUCGUCCAUCAGGUUACCCCCGUCAGAAGCAUAGUCUUUGCGCAUACACGCUCUUUGUCCACACAUGGAUGGGCAUGCACAGUUGCCACCCUACAAGGCGUGAUACUUGCACAACCGCACAGUCACAUGGAAACGGCCUCACGGCAUCACACUGUGCUCGACAAGGCGCGCAGCCGAACUGCACCACUUGACAGCUGCACAUUCACAUUGGCUCAGCCUAUCUCCACCAGCAGUGUGUUCAACAACGUACACACCAACUGCAAUGCGCACACCCAAACGGCAUAUCUUGUAGAUAUUAUACAUAAUAAUUACAAGUAAAUGUAUGCUUUAGAUUCUGCACCCGUUCAGAAGUGCCCCCUCUCUCUGCACAUACGUAGCUUGAUUGUUAGUUUCAGUAAUGGCACGUGCCUCCCCUGCUUGUUAUUUUGGAAGAUGCUGUCAUUGUUUCCUUCUCCCUUUCUGUCAGUAACAUUGAGUUUUUUAUCCCGCUGCCUGCCUCCAUCUGUGGGGCGGCUGCAUCCCUGCUGUUAGGAAUAGUUUAUCGAGUGUCUUGUGACCUGUUGUGUGUCCUGCUGUGUUUUGCUGUUUCGAUUUUGCGAGUCUUCUUUACACUGUGUUCUUAGGUAGAUUUUUUGUAGUGUCAGUUGAUUUGUUUCGCCCCUCUUUGUCCGGUUUGUAUCAUAUUAUUAUAACUUUAAAUUGGAAUUAUAUAUACUUUUGGCUUAGUUUUGGUGGGAGCAAUUUCAAGAAUGUACAUUGUGAUCCGGUUAGAUUAUUUUACUUGUAAAAUCAUGAUAAUCAUUGUAAAGUAAAGACGUAAAUCAUUGAGAAUGUGAUGAUUCGAGGAAGGUGAAAACUUUGAAAAGAGAAGAAAUAAAACA